UCGUCCGAGCACAAGACAGGCCACAUCCGACGUGCAAGAGAAGCAAAGGAGUCACACCAUGUCAGGCCUGCUCAACCGUUCGCUGGACGACAUUGCGCGCCAGGAGAAACGCGCCGGCGGACGCGGAUCGCCUUAUGCCAGGCCCGCCUACGGAAGGAACCCAUCCUCCGAUGGGCCCUGGAAGCACGACAGGUUUGAGGGCGGAGGAGCUGGCCGAGCCGAGGCCGACAUUCCCAGUCCCAAGCUCCUCGUCGAUGGGCUGCACUGGGACGUGUCGGAGGAGGAGCUCACCGAGCUCUUUUCCCGCAUCGGCCAGCUCGAACGGUGUUCGUUGCGCUUCGACAAGUCGGGCAGGUCCGAAGGCAAGGCAGUUGUCAUCUAUCGAUCCCAGGCGGACGCAGAGACAGCCAAGCGCGAGUAUCACAACGCCAAUGCAAAGGGACAGCCCAUUUCCGUCUCCUUUGCCCCGUACCGACCGCCGCGUGGAAGCGAGGGCCGAGGCGCGCCGGCUUCCCGAGGCUCAAGGGCGCCAGCACCAGGUGGUGACCUGGCGAGCAGGCUCUCGGGCAGCCUCGCAAGCCGUCUUGGGCCCGGCGAUCUGAAGAGCCGCAUCGGUGGACCCCUGCCUGGAGCAAGACAUGCGGGACCUCCUUCAAACGCACCGCGUGGACCGGCAGCCGGAGCACCCUCGAGACCGGGACCCACGAGGAGCAUCAGCGGUGGCGGCGGUCGAGGCCGAGGUGGGCGAGGAGGAAGCCGGGGAGGUGGUGGUCGUGGUGGAGGCAGAAAGCCAGACCGGAGAGGCGAGAAUGACUUGGACGCUGAGCUUGAGGCUUUCAUGAAGGCACCAAGCUCGUCGGAGCUAGCCGAGAGCAUUCACGCGCCUCAGAAGGACGCUGCCGGAGAUGUCCAAAUGGAGUAGCUGUACCAUUCCCAUCAUCGACGAGCCCCGACUACUUUUUGACUAUGUACCACGCCUCGUUCUCUCUAUGCUUGUCUCUCGCUACUGUUCACAAAACGUGUGUCAUUGGAGUAUGUUACAAUACAUCGGGCUCUUCUCUCCUUUCCUG